AUUCAGUUCGCAUUCCGAGUACACCUGUCGAGUAUGUCGAGCGCUUGUCGGCACACUGAUAAAAAAUAGUUUAGUUAUCAGCUUGAAUUGUUAUCAGUAACGAUUUUCGUGUAUAAAUAUUCACGUCGAUUACAAGGCACACGAUCAGUUGAAUUUUAUUCGUGCAUUUGAAAAGACGUAUUAAGAUCAGUUAGAGCAUCUACAAUGGGUACUCAUAGUUCCAAGCCAAAAAAAAAUAGCUAUAAAGUGUCAACUUCCGAGGAACAGUCGCAGCAAAGCAGCACCAGUAAUAGCGCCAAAGCUCGGAUGAAUGACACGAAACCAGAGAACAAGGUCGUUCCGUCCGACUCCGCACCAGCCCCUGCCUCUGUUUCUGCACCCGCCUCCGCUCCCGCCCCUGCUGUGCCAGAAAUUGAUAGUAAACUAGUGCCCACAUGGAUUAAAGAGACACAUUUUGUGGAAAUACUCAGAGAGACUGUUCCACAGUUCUCAAAAAUUCAAAGCUUUCGCAUAAAGCCCGCUCUCAGCCCCGGAGAGAACUAUGCAACGCUUAUGCUGAGAGUAAGCAUCGAGGCAGAACUAACAGACAAAUCCGUCAAAUCCGUUUCGUAUAUGAUGAAAGUAGCACACGAUAAUCCGGGAAUGGAACAAAUGCUCGCCGUUGCCAAUUUCUUUCCAAUUGAAAAUGAGGCCUACAUCGAUCUAUUGCCGAAACUGGAGGAACUAUAUAGAGAAAAGGGUGUAGACAUAACCUUUGCUCCGCGAGCCUACAGGUUCAAAGAGGCUCUCAAGGAAGAACCUAAGCUCGCGAAUUCGGUGUUGAUGUAUGAUCUUGGUCAGGAUGGUUACAAGAAUGUCAAUCGCCGGGAAUGUCUCAAUUUAGAGCAGACUAAAGUGGUGCUAAAGAAGAUGGCGCAAUAUCAUGCCGCGGGGGCGCACUAUAAAAACGUUCAUGGGCUCUCGGAUGGAAUGAUGUAUGGAAUGAUGGGCAAAACUCUUGAGAAUAGCUUGGCUAUGCUAGAUGCUAUAAUGAAACCAACCCAGAAACUGUUCUUAGAUAAUCUAAAGAACUUUAAUGACUGCCAGAAGUAUCAUGAUAAAUUGGUGAAAUAUUUCGCCGAUGUCCGCGAAGUAUUUCUGGAUAUAGGCAGUCACGAUCCAAACGAAUUUAAUGUGGUCAAUCAUGGCGAUUCUUGGGUUAACAAUCUGCUAUUUCAGAUUGCACCCAAUGGGGAUCUCACUGAUAUGAUCUAUGUUGAUUUCCAGAAUCCCCGUUAUGGCCAUCCAUUUUCCGAUUUUCUUUACUUUAUCAUGACAUCUGUUCACAUUGAUUACAAGCUCAAGGAUUUCGACUUCUUUGUUAAGUAUUAUCACGAUCAACUGAUAGAACAUCUGGAAUUACUGGAGUAUACGGAGCGUAAGCCAAGGUUGUCGGAGUUCCACAUCCAACUCUACAAAUAUGGAAGCUGGGCAAUCACAGGCGUCUUUAUGGUGUUGCCCUUGGUGCUCCUAGAUCCGACCGAGUCGGCAACCUUUGAGAAUUUUAUGGGCGACAGUGAAGCGGGAGCUGAUUUCAAGAAUCUGAUGUACUCAGGAAAACGCUAUAAGCAUUAUAUCGAGCAGAUACUGCCCUGGCUGGACAAUCGUGGACUCCUAGAAGCAUAUGCGCCACUACCAAAACAGAUUGCAGUUGCCAAAUCCCAAGUGGAAAUCGAGGUGGAUCCCGUCACGCCUGAUUGGGUCAAUAUCGAACAAUUCAAAGCUCUGCUUAAAGCUGAGAAGACCGACUAUAAGGAUAUAGAAAGAUUCCGAGUAAAAAAAGCUACAGAGUCUGGUGACAAUUACUUCUCGAUCAUGCUCUCAGUGGACAUUGAUUACCUAACCGUUUCCGGUGACAAGUCAAGCAUUUCCUUUAUGCUGAAGGUGCCGCCAAGUGGUGAUGCCACCAAAGAAUUACUGGACGUAAUGCUCACUUUUAAGAAGGAGAUUGAAAUGUAUUAUGAUGUCAUACCAGAGCUGGAACAGCUCUAUAAACAGGCUGGACAACCCAUCAUAUUUGGACCAAAAAGCUACAAAUUACCAAACGCUCCAGAUGCAGAGCACAUUCUCCUUGAGAAUCUGCGCCCAGCGGGAUAUAAGAAUGCGGAUCGCCUACAAGGAUUGAAUAUAAGCGAAACAGAAAAUGUAUUAGCCAAGCUGGCCAAGCUGCAUGCAGCCUCUGCGUAUUUAUAUGUUACCAAGGGUCCUUUCUCCGAUUGUCUGGACAAACCACUGUAUAAUGAGAAGUCCCGUCCAAUUUUUGAUAAUCCUCAGAAUAAGAGCUUCAUGGAUUUAGCUACUGAGGCAAUUAAGGGCUUUAAGGGCAGCGAAGAAUAUGUCGAUAAAGUGAUCAAGAUAAUGGAUAAUCUCUUUGAACUUACGUGCAAAGCGGAAGAGUAUGACAAGGACGAGUUUAAUGUCAUGAAUCAUGGCGAUUGUUGGACCAACAAUGUUAUGUUUGCCUAUAAUUCCCAGGGGGAAAUUACAGACACACUGCUUAUAGACUUCCAGCGAUCGAACUUUAAUACUCCUGCCCAGGAUUUGUAUUACUUGCUGUUAUCCUCGCCUAACUUUGACAUCAAACUUGACAAGUUCGAUUACUUUAUACGCUUCUAUUAUUCGGAACUCCGACGCAAUCUAGAGUUGCUCAAGUAUCCACGCCAUAUACCUACCUUGAGGGAACUUCACACCAUGCUCCUGCAAAAUCCUCUUUGGGCCAUAACAACAACUUCCACAGUGAUGUCCGCCGUUCUGUUAGAUCCCACGGACAAUGCGAACAUUGAAACCAUGAUGGGUAACAAUAAGGAAGGGGACGAGCUCAAAAGGAAACUCUUCAGUGGUGACAGGUAUCUCAAACAUGCCGAGGCUAUCUAUCCCUUCCUCAACCAUAGAGGACUUUUGGACCUUGAAUAAGUUCACCGACACCUCUACUGUAAAUAAAAGUUAAUUCUGUUAUAUAUUGAUUACUUUCUAAACAAAUAAAUAUAAAUGUUGUAAGUUAAUAAUGUACUUUUCUCU